CUGUCAUUUUCUCACAUAUACUUCACACAAAAGAAACAACCAUUCACUUCAUACCUUGUCAUUUCUUCCCUUCUCUCUCCCUCUCCUUCAAUCUCAAACUCUCUGCAACUACUCCCCUCAAUUCAUCAUUUAACCCCAUCUGAAAAAAAAAACACCCGGAAUUCUCUCCCUCAAAAUUCAGCAACCCCAUAUCCUUCAGCUACAAAACCCUCCAAGAUUUUGUGACCCUUUUCAGCCCUGAACAAACAACCAUCCCACAAGCACAGAACACUUGCACCAGCAAGAAACAAGAAAAGGUAGGGGCUGUCAAGAACAAAGAAAAAGAACAAACAGUUCUUUUUCUUUUUCUUUUUCUUUCCUUGUAGGGUUUGUUUGGCCGGCUGCUUGUUGAAUCAAAGAUGGAGCUGUUCCCAGCACAACCAGACUUAUCCCUACAAAUCAGCCCACCAAACAGCAAACCCUCCUCAGGUUGGAGGAGAACAACUGAAGAUAUGAUAGAUUUGGGGUUUUGUAAAAGAGCUUUGGACUCAAGAAACUCCUCUAUCUCAUCAUCAAUGGCUGCAAAACCUGAUACUAGUAACUUUUUUGAACUUUCUUUAUCAAACAAUCAAAGGAUGAUUUCUGUUUCUGAUCACCAUCAUCAGCCAAGCUCCAACAAUAGCCAUUAUAACCUCAUCCAGAAUAGUAGCUCUACUAGUACCACAAACAAUAAUCUUAUUCACUCUUUUCAGCAAAGCCAGCAGUUUCCUCUCCACCAUCAGCACCAACUUCACCAUCACCACCUCCUCCAACAUCAACAGCAUCAAGUAGGAGGAGGAGGAGGGGGGCUAAACCACCCCGAAUUCGGGUUUUUGCGACCAAUAAGAGGAAUCCCAGUCUACCAAAACCCUCCUCCUUUUCCAUUAUUUAAUCCAAUAUUACAGUCUUUAGAUGCUAGUACCACUAGUUGUGGAAUUCCUUCUCCUACUUCUACUACGACUAGUUCUUCCAAUCCCACCUGCUUCCAGUCCCAAGGCGGAUGCGGUGGUGGCGGCCUAAUGCGGUCGAGGUUUUCAUCGAGAUUUCCAGCUAAACGGAGCAUGAGAGCUCCUAGGAUGCGGUGGACAACCACCCUCCACGCUCGUUUUGUUCAUGCUGUAGAGCUCUUGGGUGGCCAUGAAAGAGCUACGCCCAAGUCAGUUCUUGAGCUAAUGGAUGUGAAAGAUCUCACUUUGGCACAUGUUAAAUCACAUUUACAGAUGUAUCGAACGGUGAAGACAACUGAUAGAGCAGCACCUUCUUCUGGACAAUCAGAUAUCUAUGAGAACGGGUCAUCUGGGGAUAAUUCUGAGGACUUAAUGUUUGAAGUUCAGAACUCAAGAAAACCUGAAUUAUCGGUGCAACAAGGAAGGCAAAAUAUGCAGCAAGACAAAGACUUGCAUGGUCUUUGGAGUAAUUCCUCAAGCAGGGAAGCUUGGCUGCAUGGCAAAAUGAGGGAUUCUUUAGGCAACAUACCAUCUCUUGAGAAGGACAUCGAACCAAAGUGCUCAAGCUAUGACAGAUUAUCAGAUGUGAGCUCAUCAAGCUUAUCAGAGUCAAGCCCCAAGAAACCCAAUCUGGAGUUCACCUUGGGCAGGCCACACUGAUCAAGAUCUCUGCGUGGAUAGUACUACUCAUUUUGAAAUGAUUAUUGCUUCUGAAAGAGGGAAGCUGGUGAGGUUGAAGAGAUUCGGGUGCCCACUCAGAAAAUCAGCAGUGAGAAAAGAAAGUUUGUAGUAGAAAAGAAAAGAAAAGAAAAGGAGAAGAAAGUAAAGGAAAAAAGAGGCCUAAAGAAAGACAAGGAGACAACAAAGACAGAAAGCAACAAAAGGAGAAGGCAAAGAGAAAGAGAGAGAGAGAGAGAGAGAGAAUUCAAGGGUGGUAUCAAAAAGCAUGUCCUAAUUAUCCUAUCAAUCUGUGAGCUCGAAAUCAUCAUAUUAUAUUGCUUAAGUAAAUAUGUUCAUUAUCAUCAUGAUCAUCAUCAGUCCUAGCUGAUUGAUUUUUGUAUUAUGAUGCACUUUUAUGGGGGCAAAAAAAGAGAAAAAGGAAAGAGGUAUGUUUUUGGGGGACUUUUAAGUCUUUUAAUCAGGGAAAAAGUGAUCCUUGGUAAUUGUAUGGGGCACUUUGUACUCAAGAAAAAGAAGGUAUAAUUUUACCAAAUGAGUUGGAGCAUACUC